GUCAUUUUAUUUAUAAAUUUAAAUUGUUAUUUUUCGUUACAAACAACGUGAGCUAAUUUUUCUCACGUUCGGCUUCGAGAUUUAAGUAAAUUAGAUUUAGAACCGAAACGGUAUGCGUUCCCCGGAGUUUUAUAACCUCAGCGGGAGAGCUGUGUGUAUCACGUAACAUCGCGGGCGUGUAGUGUGAUGGUGAGGCGAACCGCGAUGGUUCUAAGUACCGAAUGGGCACAAGUUGAAGUUGUCGAGCUCACUAAUGAUGGCAACGGCUUGGGUUUCAACCUAGUCGGCGGCAGGAGUACCGGCGUCGUGAUAAAAUACGUACUGCCAGGAGGUGUGGCUGACAAGGACAGGCGACUGCAAAGCGGUGAUCACGUGCUGCAGGUGGGCUCCGUGAACCUGCGCGGCUUCACAUCGGAGCAGGUGGCUGCUGUAUUGAGGCAGGCGGGACCAGUAGUCCGUUUGUUGGUCGCGCGCCCAGCGGAUCCUGCGACCGCUCUCCGUGCCCCGCAACCCGGCACAGCGCUCGUGCCGACCAAAAUCCUUGCUGAUCCGGAGCUUCUCGACCGUCAUCUCAUCGAAACUGGUUACGGUGCAGUGUAUGACUUAUCUCAAUGUUACAGUGACUAUAAUAUCAAUGGGCAGAAUGGCGAAACGGAAACUAGUAUAGUGGCAGCAGCGGUUAGUGUUAUUGGUGACAAUCCACAGAAAAUACCUGAUCAUCCUAUUGUAUGUGAUUCUGUGUCACCAACCAUCACUAUCACUGUUCCAGUAGAGUUACCUGAAAUUGAAAUUAUUCAUGUGGAUUUAAAUAAGAAUGUAUAUGGACUAGGUAUCACGGUAGCGGGAUAUGUAUGUGAAAAAGAGGAGCUCUCUGGAAUAUUUGUUAAAAGUAUAAUCGAGGGCAGCAGUGCUGAACAAAGUGGUAAAAUUAAAAUAAAUGAUAGAAUUAUUGAAGUGGAUGGUAUAUCAUUAGCCGAUAAGAGUAAUCCCCAGUCUGUGGAGAUAUUGAGGAACACAGGUAUUUCUGUUCACUUAGUUUUAGAGAGAUAUCUUCGAGGUCCAAAAUUUGAACAUCUACAACUAGCUAUAUUUAACGAGGAGCGGCCAACUUCACCAUCACCCUCCACCACAACACUUUCUUGGUUCCCAGUGCCUUCUCAACUCGAAAAUAGUAUAACAGAAAUAGAACCUGAACCAGAAUCAAAUACUACAAUUGAUUCCAGCGUCUUAGAGGUGGGAGAUCUUCAGGAGCCCACACAAGAAGAGCUGGACCAAAGAUUUGAUGAAAUACUUGCUGUUGACAAAGAGGACAUUGUAAAGAAGUGGAAAGAAGAAAUUGGAUCUGACAAAGAAAUAUUAGUGGCUGAAAUAAAAAAGUUAGAAGGACUGGGGAUCAGCCUUGAAGGAACUGUGGAUGUGGAAGGAGGGCAAGAGUUGAGACCUCAUCACUACAUUAGGUCUGUGCUUCCAGAUGGGCCUGUUGGACUGCAGGGUGUACUAAAUGCUGGUGAUGAACUGCUCGAAGUCAAUGAAUAUAGAUUACAUGGCUUAACACAUUCGGAAGUUGUAAACAUUCUAAAACAACUACCAGACAGAGUAAGAUUGGUAUGUGCACGUAACAGCAUAGACAGCGGACCACGCCCUGUUGUAAACUUAGCAUCAGAUCGAGAAGGGUUUGAAGCGAGGAAAAUUAUAUCCGGAAGCCUAAACAACCUCACAACAUUAGUAAAAGCACAGUCAGAUACGUCUAUAAACACAUCAAGUACAGCAACUCUUACUAAUCACUCAGAGCAGUCUAAGAAAUCCCGAUCUCUUGAGUGUGUGUCUGGUUUAGCCAUGUGGCAGAGCAAAGAGGAUAUUGUGAUGCUUGUCAAAGCUGAUCAGGGACUUGGUUUUUCAAUAUUAGAUUACCAAGAUCCAGUAGAUCCAAAUGGAACAGUCAUUGUUGUUAGGAGUUUAGUACCCGGCGGAGUUGCAGAGAAGAAUGGUGAAAUAUCACCAGGAGACAGGGUAAUGUCGGUGAAUGGAGUCAGCAUAAAAAAUGCGACAUUAGACCAAGCUGUUCAGGCCCUCAAAGGUGCUCCGAGGGGGACAGUCAAAGUAGGAAUUGCGAGACCCUUGCCACCUCAAGACUCCUCAAAGUCCAAGGGUACAAUUAAUGUUAACAAAGCAAGCUGAAUCUGAGAGUAACAAUACAAAAACUAUGCUAGUCAAAUAUUGAGUCAUAUCUGUACAAUUAAGAUAAACAGUCCAUAAUAUUCGGAACAGCAAGGAAAAAAAUCUUUGAACUGAGAAAACUAUAUUAAAAAUAAUUUAAUUUAGCUAAAACAUUACUUAGAAGUGAUUGUUCCUUCACAUUCUAAUAAUUAUAUAACUUGCAAAAAGACAGCAAACAUGCAUGUAGCAGGUACCAUUUAUUCUUCUAUUAUGAAUUAUGUUUUCUUUUCAUUUGUUUCUGUUAGAAGUUAAACAUAAUUUUAACAAAGUAAAAAACUAUUAUUGACCGGAUUCAUGCAGGUUUGUAUUACAGGUAUUUUACCCAGCAGAGGGUUGGCAAGUUUAGCUUUAAAAAUUUAGUGAGAUAUUGUCUGUUCGAAGGAUCAAUGUUCUCAAUUUCACAAUCAAAAUGUUAAGUAACAUGUAACUAAUUAAAUAUGAACAUUCACAUUCUGUAGUGACUAUUGUUGUGAAUGUGAUCACAUUUCCUGAAACUACUCUUCCACCUUGUGCUGUAUGUAGAGGGAACUAUAGUAGAAACCUUCCUUCGACUGUCAGUAUCAACUACACUAAGUUUCAUCACAAUCAAAUGAAUGCCCUAAGAAUGUACAGUGAACAAACACAUACAUUUUUACUAUGUAUCAAUAGCUUGCCCCUCGUAAAACAAAUUAGAUUGGAUCCAGAGUAAGUUAACAAAGUAUUUGAGUGAAAAGAACGAAUAAUGGAAAUGUUUUAGCUAAAUUUUAAGAAAAAUUAAGGCACAUUAGUUUUAGUAUAGUACACUCACAGUGCGGAAUGAGCUCAAAGUAUUUUAUAAACAAUAAAAACUACGCUUUACUAGUUAAAUAUAUUUAUAUAUAAGGAACAAACAACACAUCACUUUUUACUGCACAGUUUAAAAGAAUAAGAAAAUAAAAAUAAUUUUUGUACAAAUUUUUCAAUUUACAUUUUUUUUUUGGUCUUGUUUUAUGUACAAAUCAAAAUGAUUAAUUGUAAGACUUGAUGGAACAGAGAGAAAUUGUAUAUUGUUGCAGUAUUAUUAAGAAGUAUAAAGUGCCGACAGUAACAAAAAAACUCUUGUAAUAGAUAUAAUAAAAGUUUAUAUCGCACAGUUGGUGAUCUCUGAUUCUUUAGUCAGCAGGAAUUCGCCGGUCUUCCGCGUAGGUAUUGAGGGCGAUAGGCGAGGCAUGAUUCAAUCAACUAAAACCCUUUUCAUCAUUUAGCUUAUUGAUCAAUCUGUGCUCGAGCAUCCGAGAAGCCACCAUAGCAAGGUAGAGGCGUCUCUGUUAAAGAGAACGGUUUUUGGUAGACAUUUCAGUUACUAUCCGGCUUCAAGAUAUCUUUGAGGAACCAUUUGGCUUACAGACAGAUUUAGCACACUUUCACUCCAAAAAAGGUCCAUUAAUAUGACGAUAAAACCGUUAUUGUUGCAAUUGGUUAUAAGAAUGAAAACAUUUCAAGUCUACCUUCUUUGUUGAUCGUAACAAUAACGCCAAACGAAGAAUUUUAUGUUGCAUGGCAAUAAUGGUCCUUGAAAAAAUCAAAAUCGUCUAUCAAUUUAGCUUAGCGAGCUACGAAAGAAGCACGCUACUCUUGAAUAGAUGUCCAUCAUAAGCCGUACUCGAAGAGCAUUCAAUCCGGACUGGGCAGGAAAUGGAGAGGGUCGUGAUAAAAUUGGAAAGUCGCAAAAAACAUUGACCAAGGGUUGUUUCAAAUUACAAAAUUUUAUAAACUGUAAUGGGACCUCUAACCAAAUGCAAUAAUUACGACGCUUGACAUGCAUUUGCUGAGUAAUUUAUUCCAGUGGAAAGGCGCUGCAGCGACUAGCUAUCGCUGAAAUUACGUCAAAUUUCUCUUUUUUAUUUAUUUAUAUAUGCGUAGAUGGAUGGCCCAGAUCACCACCUGGUUUUAAAUGGUUAUCGGAACCCAUAGACAUAUAUAACGUAAAUGGCGCUACCACCUUGAAUUUUAA